AUGAUAAUAAUAAUAAUGAUAAUUGUAGUUAAUAAUGAUAAUGAUAAUGAUGAUGGUGAUAAUAAUAAUGAUAAUAAUGAUGAUAAUAAUAACGGUGAUGAUGAUGAUGAUAAUGAUAAUAAUAAUGGUAAUGGUGCUGAUGACGAUGAUGAUAAUGAUGAUCAAGAAUCGAGGAUGACGAUGAUGAUCGAGGAUGAUGAUGAUGAUCGAGGAUGA